CGCAACACAACAUCCCAUCUUCUUCCUCCUUACAAUCAUUAUCCCCUCUGUUUCUUCAUCGAUUGGGGGAUUUCUUCGCUAUGGCGAAUAUAAUUGGUAACAUCUUCGGUGGUAAAAAACCAGAGGCUGCUGCUGCGCCUUCAAGAGAUGCAGGAGGUUUUGCAGACUUCGCUGGGGUUCCAGACCCAUCACCGGCAUCCAUCUCGCCGUCAUUAACUUCUGCUGUCGCAGGAGUUGGCGCGACUGCUCGACCGGCCUUUCAGUACACGAAAUGGUACCGCGUUUGGGAACGAACCACCGUCGCCGAUUUCUAUACUGAAAUGAUAAUUCUUCCCUUUAUCCUUUUGACGAUCUUAGUGCAUCUUUGGGGUACUGGAUCAAACCGUCGCCGUGCGAAGGCCUGGGCGAAAUCUUUCGCUCCAUUGAUUGCGCAGGAAUAUGCUGUGGUCGGUUUUGGAGGAAGGAAGCCACCUACGGUAGACGAUGUGCAAGCAGAGGGCCUUGUGAAGAGUGUAACGAGCGACGCGUUAGUGAUUCCGGAAGAGAUCAUCAGAGAAAAUUCUCCUGCGGAGUUUGUCACCUACGCAACAGGACGGACAAAUGUUGCCUUCAUGGAUGUCAAGCUGACCCUGAUCAAGCGGUUUAACCCCUUGACCAUUCUUGGGGAAAACAUUAUUGGUUUUUUCUUCGAGAGCAUGCCAGCGACCCAAGAGACUGUUGAGGCUACGGCGUAUGCUUUUGACGGCAAAGAGAAGGAUCUUGUUCCAGUUCCUAAGGGCGAGACCUUGAAAGUUGGUGGGAACUCUUCAUAUGAUGGCUUUGUAUGGGCAGUGGUGAACAAGGAGGUCAUGAAGAGGAUGCGCGAGGAGAGAUACGAUCUCAGCUUAACCACGACAAAGGAGCAUCCCAAACUCCCCACUUGGGCUAGUGUCAUGAGCGAGAAUGCGGAGAUCACGGAGACUCUUCUUACGGCUGAUCUUGCGAAAGCGAUCGAAGAUGCUGGCGAUGAUUUCAUAGCCCUGAUCGUGAGUGAUCAGCCUACUGACAAACCCAAAACCAUCGACGAAACUCUUCCUCGCAAGCGUGUCACUUUACAACUCAAGUUGUCGUCCUACUACCCAGCCAACACACUUAGCCUGUUCCAAUACUUCCUGCGUCUGCCAGAUAUUCUUGUUUCGCAGUGCCACUUCCGCCCAGAAGUUAUGAAGCGCGUUAAGGGAAUUCGAGAGGAUGAAAUCAGGAAGAUCAAAAAAGCUUCAGAAGAAGAAGAAGCAGAAGUACGUAAGGAGAAGGCAGACAGAGAAAAGAAGGAGAAGAGAGAUAAGACGCUUGCAGCACUGAGUGCGGAAGAGCAGAGGAAAUUCCUUGAGAAGGAGAGAGAGAAGGAACAGAGGAGAGCUCAGAAGAAGAGGACAAUGAGGGCAUAGGUAAACUCGAUAAGAGGAAUCGAGAUUGAUAGGGUAGUAAUGGAAAACUACAUAUGUAAUCUUAUAUUUGAUCUAAAUAGGAUUAUGUAGAUUACGUUUUUACUAUAAGUUUUGAUCAACUUGCAGACCUUAACCAUAACUAGCUAGCAUUUUCAAGAGCA